UCUCCCUGUUCUCCUUUCGUCUUCCUCUUUCCGCUUCAACUUCAAUUCGUCCUCUCUUCUGUGUGCUUAUCGAUCGCCGCUUGCUAUUGUUAGCGAGCAAAGUCAAGGUGGUAGGGUCAAAUCCUCUCAAGGAAGCCAGCCAUGACGGGGACAAGCGGCGACGGCGGCGGCGAGCACUACUCGCGGCUGAUCCGCGAACUGUGCGCGCUGCUCCUCACGGUCGUCUCCCCCUCGGCGUCGACGGAGCGGCCGCGGACCCCGGAAGCGACGGCUCCAGGGAUGUCGGCGGCCGCGCUGGCGUCGAUGUUGCUCGGCGCGUCGAUGGCGCUGAUGCUGUGCGGGUCGGUGACGUUCGCAAUCGGCCUCCUCCUCAUGCCGUGGGUCGCCGGCCUCGCACUGCUCUUCGGCUUCGCCGGCGCCGUCUCCACCCUCUCCUCCGGGUUCUUCGGCAAGGCCGCCGUGCCCUGCACGGAGAUCUCGGAUCUGCUCCCCGAUGAGCCCCGUUUCGGAUACGCUAGUACCAUAGCAGCAGCGUAAAUUUGUUUCGGAAUUAGGAGUCAAACAGAGUUGGGGAUCCCUGUAAAAAUGCGUCUUUUGUUGUACAUUUAUAUCGCGAGAGAUAUCUCUUUCUUAGAGAGAUUACUCCGUUUUUAUUGAAAGUCAAUAAAAUUUUCAAACAUAUAGAACCGAAUCAAGUAUAAAUAAAACACAGCUGAAAAGACCAGUUUA